GCUGGGCCGGGGACUGCGGUGAGGGCCCGACCCCCGCAGGAACCCCCCCGAGCCCUGCCUGCGGGGCCCCACCGCCCGCCGCCGGCGGGGAGGGCGGGCGCCCCCUGCGGGCGAGGCGCCCCGGGGAAGGCGGCCCCAGCGGGGAGCCUCGCCCCCGCCCCGCCAGCGGCUCCGGCUCUCCGCCGCCGGCAGCCGCCACCCCACCACUCUGCCGGCUCCGUAACGCCCGGAAACGGCAGCAGGGACGCCGGGCCGGGGCUCCCCCACGCAGACAUGAGCGGGCUCGGGGCCGCCGCGGAGCCGCCGGGCGGCAGGAGCAGGAGCAGCAGCAGCAGCGGCGACGAGGUGUUUCUUCCUGAGGAGGCGCGCGGCGCCGCACCUGUGGAUUUCCUGCAGGAGCUGCCCAGCUACCAGACGGCGCUGCGGCGCCGCGGGGGCGGCCAGGAGCGGCGGGCGGCCCCGCAGGGCCCGGCGGAGCUCCGCGCUCUGGAGGCCCUGGGCCUGAAGCAAGAGAGAGACGAGACGGCUGAUCGCCCUGCGAGGGAAUACCCCCUGACCCUGGCGGAAAAGAAGCGAUUAAGGGACUGUCUGCAGGCAGACAUAAAAUACUCACCUGGAUGGAAACUGUGGAGUAGAACUCGCAGUAAGUCAUUGAAAAAAGUCUUCAAUGAAGUCAAGGAGUUGUCAUCUUACCUGGAGCUUUGGCGACAUGAUAUUCACAGCAUAGAAGGGAAAUUUGGUACUGGCAUCCAGUCAUACUUCUGCUUCCUGCGUUUUCUGGUCCUGCUGAAUUUUACAAUUUUUAUCCUGAUGUUCAGUUUUGUUACCCUUCCCACCAUCAUUUCUAAUUAUGGAAUAUUCAACAGUAGCUUUGCUAAAAUUCCUCCAAAGAACAUAGAGCCUCACUGCACAGUUUAUAAACCCAGUGCUGAUAAGGGACUUGUUUACUUCUAUGCUUACCUCAAAGAUUUGCUCAGUGGCACUGGGUUCCUUGAAACGACAAGUUUGUUUUAUGGAUAUUAUACAAUAGACACUGUGUGGCUCAGCAUCCUGAGGUACAACUUGCCACUAGCAUAUCUGCUGGCUACAUUUGCCUACCUUGCAUUAAGUCUCCUCUGGAUAAUAAAAAGGUCCGUGGAAGGAUUUAAACACAAUUUGGUACACGCUGAAGAUCCAUUUCAGAGUUACUGUAACAAAAUCUUUGCAGGCUGGGACUUCUGCAUUACAGAUCCAAAUGCAGCACAGCUAAAACAUCGCAGCUUGCGAUAUGAGCUCCAAAUGGACUUGGAGGAAGAAAGGCAGAGAAAAAAAAUAGCUGACAGGACAAUGAAAGAAAAGCUACGCAUCUACUCUCUGAGAAUAUUUAUAAAUAUAAUUGUCUUUGCAGUUUUAUCAGGAUGUUUCUAUUCUAUUUAUAAAGCAACUGUCUUCUCUCAAGAAAACUCCAGUGGUGUCAGCAAUAUGAACUUCCAGGCUAAUCUCUUAGUGCAGUAUUUGCCUUCCAUAGUGAUCACGUUGGCCAACUUCAUUGCUCCUCAGAUCUUCUCAUUUCUGAUCAAAUUUGAAGAUUAUUCACCAGCCUUUGAAAUCAGGCUGACACUCAUGAGGUGUAUCUUUGUGCGGUUGGCCAAUAUCGGUGUUCUGUUGUUCUCUCUGUGGAGUCAGAUCUCCUACUGUGCCACUGACAUGUGUAAAGCCUGUGGAUACAAUUACGAACUCUAUCCUUGCUGGGAAUCUGAAGUUGGGCAAGAAAUGUAUAAACUGAUGAUAUUUGAUUUUAUUAUAAUUCUUGCUGUGACCCUCUUUGUAGAUUUUCCUAGAAAGUUGUUAGUUACUCAUUGCAAGAGCAAGCCAGUUCAGUGGUGUGGAUUGCAGGAAUUUGGAAUUUCUGACAAUGUCCUGGAAAUCAUUUAUGGGCAAACUAUCUGCUGGAUUGGAACCUUCUUUUCACCACUUCUCCCUGCAAUAGCAACUGUAAAAUACUUCAUCAUCUUUUAUGUUAAAAAGGUCAGUUUGAUACACACAUGUAAACCUGUAGCUAGGCCUAUCAGAGCAUCACGUUCCAAUUUUUUCUUCUUGGUGGUACUGUUGAUUGGGCUCUUCUUGGCUUUUAUUCCUUUGGGAAUCAGCAUAGCACAUAUCCCCUCCUCCAAGGCAUGUGGGCCGUUCAGGAGUUUUAACACUUCAUGGGCAGUUGUUGCAGAUACAAUACUUGGGUUUCCAACAGGUCUGCAGAAGGUCCUAUAUGGCAUAGCAUCAGAAGCCUUUGCAGUGCCUUUUUUUAUGGUCAUCUGCCUCGUUAUGUUCUAUUUUAUUGCCUUGGCUGGAGCACACAAACGGGUGGUUGAUCAGCUGAGGGAACAACUGGUUAUGGAGAGUCGUGAUAAGCAGUUCCUAAUCGGAAAGAUAACAGAAGCUCAGACUCAUCCUUGAAAACCACAAAAAGCUAGCAGACCUUUACUUCCUGAACCUCCCAGGACCACUAGAUAAGAGUAGAAGCAUCUGCAGCACCUAAAAACUGAGCAGCUGGCUGUUACCCUGGCACUGCGGUCUAUGUAAUGGACGCUUAUGGUCUUAGCCUUCAUUAUGCUAGUGGACCUUAAAAGUUUCCAAGACUGGAAAUUUAGCGAAUUUAUACUGUUAGACCUGUCCAAAAAAAUCAUAUGGUAGGACACCUUGUUGCUGCUACAAUUUCAGGGUUGUUGGCGUUUAAGUUCCUGUUUUUUCAGGGGUUUAGGUAAAAUGUGAUCAGAACUGAAACUCUAUUUAAGAACUUUGUACUGUUUUUACAAAUGAUGGUUUAAGAAUCUGAAAGGAAAGGUCUGGUUUUACAUGCUUCCAACUCUGUUCUCUUUUAAAACCAAAGCAAAAGAGAGACAUAUGUCAGUAUUUUGAAAUAGUGCGUAGGAGAAGAAAAUACAACAUGGGUUUGAAAUCAGUUUUCUAAAUAUUUUUAGAGAAGAGACUUUGAUAUUUAUUUUGCUCUGAAAUAGCGAAUGCAGUUGAACACUGGAUAACUUCACAAAGUGGUUCAGCGGUCUGAUGAUCAGCUCCACAGGCUGAUGAAAGCUCUAAAUAAACACUGGGAGCAGGAAGACACCACUGGUCUGGUCAACGAGUGGUGCAGGGCUGUAGCAGGGAAAGCCAUUGCUUGGGUGCUGGUCUCGCUACUGUGGAGUAGCCUGUUGUGUUUUUUUUUUUUUAAAUAUGUUAAGGCAUUAUUACCUGUGGUUUAUUUUUGUACAAACAUCUUGACUACUGUUCUCUUUGUUCUAAAAUGUGAAUAUUUGAAAGUUAGGUUUGGAAACAGAGCAUUUAAAAACUUAUGUGUCAGUACCCUUUAAAUGUGUUUCUUCUCGCUUCAGUAAACUGAUGGAGCUGUGUGACUCAGAGGGAACAGUCUUUCUAAGCAGACUACUAUUUCCUUUAUUUAAAGAUUGUGCUUAAUGAUUUUUUCUACAGAAUUGUUUAUUACUUGAAAUUUACCAGUAGCACACUAUUAGUUAAUACGUGAAAGACUAUUCUUUUUAUAUAAUGUUUUGGAAUGUUUUCUGACUUUGUGUUACAGAAAUUAACAGCCAAUAAAUUUUUUUUUUUUU